AAGCACAGAACUUUGCCAUGCGCAAAGUACUAGUGAUCACCAUUUUAAAGGUCACUGCACCAGCAACCACCCAUGGCCAUGAGCCUACCAUCUCCAAGCGCAAGCACACUCAAACAUAAUAACCCAAAUCCCAUUUGCACCUCUUCUCUAACUCUAAGACCACCCGCCAUUCACAACUUUUGCUUCUUCCCAAACACAAACCGUCUCAGUUUCGUCAAGAAUAAUCACAACAACUCAACCGUAAGGUGCCAUGCAUUCUUUGGAGAUAUCCCUCAACAUUUGCAGGAGGUUCUCCAUUUGGACCAAAUCUCUCUCUUCCGUUCUGGGUACUUGCAAUUCGAGAGGAUUACAGAGGACUUGUCCGAGACUCAGAAGUGGGGUUUUGUGGUUUUUGCUGGGCUCACUUGGAUAUACUUAACUGCAAGGCCUGGUGUACUUCUGGGUGCCAUUGAUUUUUACCUUCUUGCUCCUCUGCAACUGGGUUUCAAUAGUUUGAUUGGAAGGAGAAACUUGAAGAGGGCUGAUUUUGUUGUGGGUGAGAAGUUGGGUGAAGGGUCCUUUGGGGUUGUUUAUUCUGGUGCUGUUGUUCCUAAGAAUGUGACUCUUGAAGAGAAGAGAGGAAAAGCCAAAACAAAGAAGUUGGAUAGCAGGUUCAAGGAAAAAGUCAUUCUCAAAAUGGUCAAAGUUGGAGUCAAAGGGGCAGAAGAGUGUGCUGAUUUUGAAGAAUGGUUUAACUAUAGACUGUCAAGAGCAGCUCCUGAAACAUGUGCUAAGUUUCUUGGCAGUUUUGUGUCUGACAAAACCAAUUCCCAGUUUACAAAGGGUGGGAAAUGGCUUGUUUGGAAAUUUGAGGGGGAUCAAAGUCUUGCGGAUUAUAUGAAAGAGAGAAACUUUCCAUUCAACAUAGAGUCUGUCAUGUUUGGACAAGUUUUGCAAGGAGUGGACUCAGUAAAACGUAGUGCAUUGAUAAUCAAGCAAAUCAUGCGCCAGAUUAUAACUUCGCUAAAGAAAAUCCAUGACACGGGCAUUGUUCAUCGCGAUGUUAAGCCAGCUAACUUAGUGGUAACGAAACGAGGACAGAUCAAGCUCAUAGAUUUUGGUGCAGCAACAGACCUUAGGAUAGGCAAAAACUAUGUACCUGACCGUGGCCUGCUUGAUCCUGAUUAUUGUCCUCCUGAGUUAUAUGUCAUGCCAGAGGAGACACCAAGUCCUCCUCCUGAACCAAUUGCAGCCUUACUUUCUCCUUUUCUUUGGCAGCUGAAUAGUCCUGAUCUGUUUGAUAUGUACUCUGCUGGAAUUGUACUCAUGCAAAUGGCAGUACCAACAUUAAGGUCUGCUGCUGGCUUAAAGAAUUUCAAUUCAGAGCUAAAAACAUUCAACUAUGAUUUGAUCCAAUGGAGAGAAUACACGCGGCGAUUGCCUGACUUAACAAUUCUUGAUCUUGAUUCGGGUAGAGGUUGGGAUCUAGCAACAAAGCUAAUUUCAGAAAGGGGGGGACCCCUUAAAAGAGGACGGUUAUCGGCUUCUGCGGCUUUGAGGCAUCCUUAUUUCUUGUUGGGUGGUGACCAAGCAGCUGCGGUUCUUUCAAGGCUAAGCUUUACCAAAGAAUGAAUUGAAGUACUGCUGGGUAAUAAGCUGCAGAUGAGUAUAUACAUAAAUUAUUAUUAUACCCUUUUGUCAUUCUUUCAUUUUUCUAGCUUGCAUAUGUGAUUUCAAGAGGUCAAUAGAUACUUUGAGUUGAGCCAAUCAAAAUAUAAUGGAAAAUACUUGAUGAACCUUUGAUAUAGUGAGGAAAUUCAAACUAACAAAAUAGGGUUGGUUCAGAUGAUGAGAUUUGUUACUAAGAUCAAAUGAAAUGAAAGCAAUAA